UAAUCUAUGCCGCUUUUGAGCUAGCAGUCAUGGGGUCGACCCGAAUAUCGCGUCUGAAAGAAUGGCCUUAGGUCGCCGCGAUAUACUCAUCGCUAGCUUUGGUGGCCUCCUUGCUUGGGGUCUGCUCGUUGAAUGGCUACCUGUCCUUCGAUUUCUCGGAUAUUCCUUUGCUUUCGGAGCUGCUCUCACGGCUCUUACUAUUGGAGCCCUGGUUGUACUCACCGUUCGUGAUGGGUUCGACCAUCGAGCAAGGCCGGUCAGCCUGGCUGGCACGUCCAUUGCCUUUCUUUCCCCUCAGAACUGGGAGGAGCACUGCGGGAGCUACCGAGUCGAUGUGAAAUAUCAGCCGGAGCCGCUCUACCCACAGUCAUUCAUCGUCUCCGCUGCUCUCGAUGAGCUACUCCAGUUCGCCAUAAGAGACUUCGUCCGGGCAUGGUAUGGAAAUAUUAGCAGCAAUCUCAAAUUUGCGAACGAGAUUGAUCGUGCAAUAAGAACGGCGAUUCACAAUCUGCGGGUGAGACUGGAAAGUGAAGAUCUCGUGGAAAUUUUGGUGUCUCGAAUUGUACCCAUCUUGACUGCGCAUUUUAAAGAAUUCGAUAAGGCCGAGAGAGCGGUGAGAGGGAAGAAUCUUACGCAUAAUGUCACGGAGUCUGAAGAGCUAGAUAUCGCUAUUGCAUCCAGGUACAGAGAUGGCAAUCUACACCCCGCCACAUCACCCUCCUUUCCCGAUAAAAAUAAUGCUCAGCAAAAUCACCUGCGGAAAAUCGUUGUCUCUCUACUUCCUGGUUUGGUACCGUCAACUUUACUCGAUAGCCGGGCAGUAUCAAUAUUGAUCAGGGAAAUUAUAACUUGCGCCAUUCUCUUCCCUUUGAUGGACCUCCUAGCCGACCCGGAUUCCUGGAACCAGCUUGUGGAGGCCUAUGGCCAAGCAACCAUUCAGGACCGAAAGACUGUUCGAAAGCUUCGCGCCGCUCUGGAUCAGCAUGCCUCUGCGAUUCCGAGGUCAAAGCGGUCGCAGCAAUUUCCUAAGCUUGCCCCCAACGAUUCAGAAAGGGACUUCGAACGUUUCGUGAGAGCUAUACGACGAUGUAACAAUUUGUCCGACGCUAGAAAAUUUAGGAGUCACAUAGCGAGUCAAUUGAAACGUGAAAACAUGAUCGACGGUCAGGACCAAGUUUAUUUAAGACGCCUUGAGACAGGGAAAAGAGUGCUUGAUCAGAAAGUUGCAAAACUCUCAGCGCUUGGCGGCCACUCUAGCCCCCAGGCCAACGCCGACCUACGUUACAGCUACAUAUCUAAACCGCACGAAGUUUCUUUGGUGGAUAUUAUGCAUAAUGCCUCGGGUCUGUCGUACUUUAUGGAAUACAUGGAUCGGCACCGUCUUAUGUCCUUGGUACAGUUCUGGAUCGUUGUUGAUGGAUUUAGGAAUCCCUUAGAGGAUGAUUUUGGAGAUGAUACCCCGACAAGAUCCGUCACUUGGACGGCAACAGACCGAAAUGACAUGAUACUGAUCAGCGAAAACCAUUUAUCAAAGCCCGAACUUCGUGUCCCCGAAGAGUCACGAAAAGCCGUCAAGGAGUUUAUUAGCGCCGGCAAACGGGCCACCCCCGAACAAUACCGUAGGGCUAGAACAGCAAUACUAACUACGCAGUCAAUGGUGUUGGAAGAAAUGCAAAACAAAUACUAUCCGGGAUUCCAGAAAUCGGAUCUGUAUUACAAAUACUUAGCCUCUGAUGAGGCAGCUACAGUUUCCUCUGCUCCGUUAGAGAGAAAAGUGCUGAACCGGUCGCCAGCAUCCGAUAUGUUUCCUGCCGCAUUACAAAGAACUGGUUCUCAGUCCAGCUGUCAAUCCCGCGACAUGCGAAAACCCUUUCCCGCCAGUGAAGCACCUAAAUUGUCCCUUUUAACUGAUGCCUUGCCGACAGAGAGGCGAUCCUUGUUGGACUCGCCUCGCGCACCUUUAUUUAGUGAUGAAAUAGAGCCUGACCCAAUGGAGUCGUCGACAUACAGCCUUGGCCAGGGAUCUCACAAUGGAGAUGGAGAGAUGCAAGAUAGUCGCAUAAUAGCGAAUAUGGAAGCUGCAUUGAACGACAUAAUGAGCAAUGAGCCUCAUGAAAUCAAACCGGAGGAGUCAAAAAGCGGCAUUGGAUCACCAUUUUCGUUGCCGUACCCUGUCAGAGAUGUAGAUUCCGCGAGAAGUUCUUUUGACUCGACUCGCCCACAUGGGAACCUUCCAGAGAAGCCGAAACCCAGUAUAGCUUCAUUGGGUCUUGUUAAUACUUCUUCCCGAAUUGGUGUUUUCACAGAUGACGAUCUAUUUCCAGACCAAAAAAAAUUCAUUGAAGACGAGUAUGCAGAUGAGGUCGUGGACGAAACUCAAUCACCUGAAGAUGAGAUACAUGAAGCUGCUCCGGGUGACCUUGGUUUGACGGAAGCUAUUUCUGCUCUAAGUGCGGAUAUAGAAAAACUCAUGUCACAAGAAGCAAUCGUCGGCGCUUUGACUCGAAAAGCUGAGUUGACGAACAAUACCGCAGAGUUGCGAAUAUUGGGAAAGUCCAGGUCCAGUUUACAACGAGAGAUACGUCGAAAGGAGAUGCAAAGACAACAGUAUAUCUUACAGGAGAGUGACAACAGCCUUUACGGCCGCUCUACGGUCCAGAUCAAGUCUAUUAUAGUUGGCAAAGAGGAAGAUGGCCGUGAAUACGCUCUCUAUCUCAUCGAGGUAACUCGCAAAGCUGGCGAACAAAUGCCAGCUGCUUCCUGGGCUGUUCCCCGUCGAUAUAGCGAAUUUCACGAACUCCAUCACCAACUUCGAACACGAUACGCGGCUGUCCGACCUCUUGAGUUUCCACGCAGAAGGGUGGUAAUGAAACUUCAAAAAGACUUCUUACAUAAACGCCGUUUAGGUCUUGAAGCCUAUCUGCAACAGCUUCUACUCCUCCCGGACGUCUGUCGAAGUAGAGAACUUCGUGCGUUCUUAUCCCAGCGUGCAAUCCUCCCUGCCACUCAUUCUUCCGGCACUCCACGGGAAGGCGAGGGCCGCGACCUUGUGACCCGUAUCUACAACUCCGUUACCGAUUCUGUGGACGAUAUUCUUGGUAGCAUACCCGUCUUUGACCAACUAUCUGCCGCCGGACAAAACCUCAUAUCCGCCGCAACGACCCAGCGUAGCCUCACCCCGCAACCGGGGCUCAUCACCCCCGAAGAUAGCCUUACGGCGGCCGAAGCCGAAGCUGAACUCAGUGCGUUCGAAGAUCGCGAGCUAGAGCCCUUCGUCAAACCAAUUUGUGACAUUUUCCUCGAAAUCUUCGAACUCAACAAAGGAAAUAAUUGGCUACGAGGCCGCGCCGUAGUCGUGGUCCUGCACCAGCUCCUUGGUGGCACCAUCGAGCGGAAGAUUCGCGAAAACGCCAAAUCCCUAGUGCAAGAUACUGCGUUGCUCCGCUACAUCUCCCUGAUCAAGGACACAAUGUGGCCUGGUGGAAAGCUCCGUGAAAACAAGCCACGCACCCUUGCGGAGAAGAUGAAAAGCCGUACCGACGCCAGUGUGGUGUUAGCAACACUCAUUCCGGAUUUGGCAGGGAGUGUUGUGGGUAGAGCUAAUGCCCAGGCGGCUGCGAGGAGAAUAUUUGCCACGACGAACAAUCGAAGAUUAAAUCUGCACCUAGCGUACGAGAUCUUAGAUGAGAUCGUUGAGGUGUUGCUUGGAAGCGGGAGAUGAGAAUGAGAGUGAGAAUCUCGUGGCUAGCUACCAUUCUCUCUAUAUUUUGUCUCUCCCUCGUUCGAAGGCGCUCGUGAAUCAGACGUGCACGGUCGGACAUCCUAGCUUAGCGGCAGCCCACUUAAAACUUAGUUCGCGCUCCCCAAGUCAGGUGUGAUGCUAGUUAAUUGCAUAUCCCUUUCUCUUCAUUUUUUGGUGAUAAAUAGCUUUUCACCAUGCGUCUGUAAUUAAAUGUACGAGAUACCAUAACAGUUUAAUUGACAUGAUUCAAUGCCCUUUUUCACGGGUGCAAGCAGG